ACCGACUGGAAAAUGGAGAGACAACACAUGUCUGCGUUUGCUUUGUAUAAGACGUUGUCAACAGACCUGCCUGCUCCUCCUCCUGCUAAAAAGCCUUCACUGCAGGUGGCAGCCAAGAAGAAAAAGAAAAAGGAGAAUGGGGUUGCAGUCACUAAAACCAUCACUGUUAAAGCACAGAUAAAGACUGAAAAUAAGAAAAUAAGAAAGAAGGUGCCAAAGUGUGCAAAAAAAGAAGAGAGCCUCAAGAGAAUGACAGAUGAGGACGAAGAGUGUGUAAAUGGAGAUGGUGAGUCACUAGAUGCUCUGCUGGUCCAGCUGGCGGGAGUCAACAACAGCAGGGAGAGAGCGAGCCAACUUUUCCAGUGGAUUAUCAGUCCGAUCCCUGCCAAGGCCUUCUUCAGGGAUACUUGGGAAAAGAAGCCUAUUCUCGUUCAGCGUAGAAAUCCAAAUUACUACAAGGGACUGUUCUCCACAGCAGAGUUUGAUCGCAUACUCAGACAGGAUGAUGUUCAGUACGGAGUGAACCUGGAUGUCACGAGCUACACUAAUGGCAAGAGGGAGACGCACAAUCCUCCAGGGAGAGCUCUGCCCUUCACUGUGUGGGACUUUUAUGAGAGUGGCUGCUCCCUCCGCUUGCUGAAUCCCCAGGCUUUCUCCUCCACAGUGUGGAACGUGCUGUCCAACCUUCAAGAGCAGUUUGGCAGCAUGGCAGGAGCCAACGUAUACCUGACACCUGCUGGAACACAAGGGUUCGCGCCACAUUAUGAUGACAUUGAGGCAUUUGUGGUUCAGCUGGAGGGGAAGAAGCAUUGGAGAGUGUACAACCCCAGGACAGAAGAUGAGGUCUUGCCUGUGCUUUCAAGUCCCAACUUCGAUCAGGCAGAGAUCGGGAAGCCAAUCCUGGAAGUGGUGUUAGAAGCAGGCGAUCUCCUCUACUUCCCCAGAGGAUUCAUUCACCAGGGCGACUGCCUGCCAGACGUUCACUCCCUGCACAUCACCAUCUCCUCCUUCCAGAAGAACAGCUGGGGGGAUCUGCUACAUAAGGUGGUUCCAGCAGCACUGGAAAUAGCAAUGGAGGAGGAUGUGGAGUUCAGACAGGGUUUACCUCUGGAUUACCUGACAUACAUGGGAGUACAGAAUUCUGACAAGGAUGAUCCACGCAGGACAAAGUUCUUUUCAAGAAUUGAGAACCUGAUGAAGAAGCUUAGAAAUUACGCCCCGAUAGACGCCGCCGUGGAUCAGAAAGCAAGACACUUCCUCCACGACUGCCUGCCUCCCAUGCUCACUUCAGAGGAAUUAGCCAGCAGUGUGCAAGGAGCCCCCGUUAGGUGGGAGCGUGGGAAGGUUAUGGACCCAGGUUCACGUAUCACAAGCCAGACCCGUGUCAGACUCAUCCGUGCCGGCUGUGCUAGGUUAUGCAGUGAUGGAGACACUGUUCAUCUUUACUACACCACAGACAACUCCAGAGUUUACCACAAAGAGGAGCUCAAGAGUUUCGAAAUAAAGCCAGAGCACACAGAUGCCAUAGAGUCCCUCAUCCAUUCAUAUCCCAAAUUUGUGAGUGUAGGAAGCUUCCCGUGUGAUUUUGCAGAGAACAAGAUCUCUUUGGCUGAGCUGCUUUUUGAGAGGGGGAUUAUCCACACCGCAGCACGUCUGUAGCGGCCGCACGUUCUUUUAUUCGUGCAUGAAUGGAUUCAAAUUGUCUUCGUAUAUCUUUUAAUGCUUAACACUUCUCGCCCCGUGUUGUCUUCAUUGGCUCUACUGGAGUGGUCGUGCUGACUGAAGUCAUUUAUCAAUUUUCUUGCCGU